CUUCAUUCCACAUUUUAGUCAACCAAGCGCAAACAAGUGUUCAGCAUUGAAAUGGCGGUUACCGGAUUUCUUCUUCGGGUAUUGGUGAUGACGUAUGUGAUCACGUGGUCGGCGGCCGAUCUCAAGGAUGAGGCGCCAUGUGAUAGUCCUAUCUUCUGCAACGGGCCUCUCCUAGUGGCAGCUCAGAAUGCAAGGAUCUACAACGAUUCUAAAACUUUCGUUGAUCUACAUCUUAAAGAAUCAGAAGAAACAAUCUUGGCAGCUUUUAAUCAACUGCCAAAUGCCACGGAUGCAGAUGCUAUGAAAACCUUCGUGGAAGAGUAUUUUGACGGACCGAACAUUGAAUUUGAGGAUUGGGAGCCCUCAGACUGGACAGAAAACCCAGGAUUUAUCGAGGGCAUAAAGGACGCUGACUUGAAGGAAUGGGCAAAGGAUUUGAAUGAACUUUGGAAGGAUCUUGGAAGACAGAUCAAACAAGAUGUUCUCACUAAUGCGGAUCGCUAUUCAUUGAUGCACGUCGAGAAUCCUUUUAUCGUGCCCGGUGGCCGGUUUAGAGAAUUCUACUAUUGGGAUUCAUAUUGGAUUUUCAAAGGGCUACUGCUGAGUGAGAUGACCGAGACAGUCAAAGGAAUGCUGACAAAUUUCGUUUCCAUAACAAAAAGCCUCGGUCAUGUCCCGAAUGGAAAUCGGGUCUACUACGAGAAGCGCAGUCAACCGCCAUUCCUAAUUCCUUCGGUAUAUCUCUACCUCCAAGCUACCGACGACAUGGAAACGAUUCGAACCUUUCUACCCGACCUCGAGACCGAGUACCAGUUCUGGAUGACCAACAGAUCUAUUGACAUAACCAAGGAUUCGAACGUGCAUACAUUAAAUAGAUAUAACGUCUAUAUGGGGAUGCCGAGACCUGAGUCUUAUCGUGAGGAUAUCGAAACAGCACAUGGUAAUAAUGAAGAGGAAGCCGCGGAGGUAUAUUCUAACCUGGCAUCAGCAGCAGAAAGCGGAUGGGACUUCUCAACGCGUUGGUUCCGUGAUGGGGCAACACUUGCAACCAUCCGCACCAAAGAGAUAGUUCCCGUCGACCUGAACAGCGUCUUGUGUCUUUGUGAGAGGGCCCUCUAUGAGAUGUAUAACAUGGCAGGCAAUGCAACCAAAGCCGAAACCUAUCUCCAAGCCUUUAACAAACGCAAAGAGGCCAUAGCUGCAGUACUGUGGAGCGAGGAACAUGGUGCCUGGUUCGACUACGAUACAGUGAGCGGAAACACCGUCGAAGAGUUCUACCCAUCGAAUAUCAUGCCAAUGUGGGCUUCAUGUUAUGAGGAUACGAAUGAUGUUCAACAGAAGGUACUGGACUACCUCAAGGGAGAAGGUGUUUUGGAUUAUGCCGGCGGGAUCCCGACAUCCUUGACGAGAUCCGGACAGCAGUGGGACUACCCAAAUGCCUGGCCGCCUCUCCAGGACAUCGUCAUCGAGACCUUACGCCAAAGCGACGUUGAGGAGGCGAACGAUUACGCGCUGAAACUUGCUCAGAAUUGGACUCUUACAAACUGGAGAGCUUACAACGAGACCAACCUCAUGUUUGAGAAGUAUGAUGUGGAAAGACAAGGUGUCCCUGGUCAUGGAGGGGAAUAUGCUGUUCAGGCUGGCUUUGGAUGGACCAACGGUGUCAUCAUGUCUCUUCUAGAUCACUAUGGAGACCAACUACAGAUAGAUACUGACUCAGGCUCUCACGAGACUGCUUUUAUUCUUUUAAAUAUCAUCUGUUUCGUGAUUGCCUUAUUCCUCUCUCAUGAUGUGUAAAAAGAAAAAUUUCUUGAUAAAUCGUCAGUUUGUCAUGAUUCGUUCCACUGAAAUUAAAUAGGUAAAAUGAGAAAGUAGUAGGUGAUAUGAAGAACAAUAAUGGUUACAGACUGUAUCCCUGUGGUACACCAUGAAUCAAUUAGUUGAAUACAUAAAGUCUGUGUAUAAAAUGAAAAGGCUUCUUAAUAAA